GAUUCACACAAUGACCAGGGCCAAUAGGAAAAACCCUCCCAGUCUUGAGGAGGGAAGGGGGUGGUGGGGAUUCUAACUAAGGCAGGCUUUACAGUGACUCAAACACUCUCAAAGACAGACUGCAGACAGUCUCCACAGCACUAAGAUAUGGGCUUACUGUGACUGAACUCCGGAGCUUCUCUCUUAAACCUCAAACCAAAAAGAGACUUAAAAAGAGAAAAUUAGACUCGGGGUGAAAGUAAGAAGACAUACAGCUCGUCUAGGAGGAUGGAAAACUGAGCGUGUCCAACACUUCUGAGUCUUCAGCGGGGGGAAGAAAGAGGAGCAAGGACAAGCCUGAGGAUACUACAGAUUAUGUUGCCAUGGAAACCAAAACCUGGAAGCGGACGCAAGGACCACUGAAGGUGGACAAUCUCCCUUGACUGCAUCCUCAACACAUUACUGCCCCGCUGUGCUGAGAGAAUGAUGUGGAGAAUAACUAUCCCUGUCAUACUGGCUGGGGUGCUCUGCAUCACCGCAGAGACCAAAAAGCACCGUCCCCAGGGAUCCAUCCCAUCCCCGUACAAGACCAAAGGGAACCUGUCUGCAGAACGUCACCACCGGCUACUGCAGCAGAAACCAGAGGUGCUGUCCUCCAGCCGGGAGGCCUUGGUGGUCACAGAGCGCCGUUACCUCCGCAGAGACUGGUGCAAGACCCAACCCCUUCGUCAGACAAUCAGCGAGGAGGGCUGUCGCAGCCGCACUGUGGUCAACCGUUUUUGCUACGGCCAGUGCAACUCCUUCUACAUCCCGCGCCAUAUGGGCCCUAGUCACGGACAGAGUCGAGGCCACGGCUCAGGUUCCGGAAGAAAGAACCACAACAAAGUUCAGGAGCCCUUUCAGUCCUGCUCCUUCUGCAGGCCACAUCGCAUCACGCAGCUCACAGUGCAGCUAGACUGCCCAGACCUGCAGCCCCCUUUCAGACACCGUAAGGUGCAGAGGGUCAAACAGUGUCGCUGCAUGUCAGUGGAUGUGAGCAGCCAUGGGAAACUGUGAAGGAGGACUUUUUGAUUUUAAAAUACAUGUAUGUGCUGUCAAAGGCAAAAAUUCACCAACUUUGCCAAACAAGGACUGGCUUUACGUUGGACUAUUGUGCAUUGUGUUGUACAUAUAAUGAGUUUUCCUACAUUAAAGUGACAUGGACCUGCUAUUAAACAAAUGCUGAAAAAGACUGAUUCCAGUGACUGUACAAGAGACACUGAUGACAAAGCUGCUUGGGCUCAAUAAUGAACAAGCUUGCAUCCCUUAUUUCAGAAAGUUAAUAUCUAUCCAAAAGAUUGCAAAGAGUGCCUCUUCAAAAACUACAGAAUAUCUUGGACACUGUGGAAGACUGUGCUGAUAAUGGAGUGUCCUACUGUAGAAAUAGUGCUUAAAAAAGUUUCUGUAACAUGAGAUGUUAUUUUUCUGCAGGUGGGUCUAUAAUUAUACAGUGUGCCAGUAUGUUUUAUAAGUAUUGUACCUGUUAUCUUGUACCUUUGUCCAUAAAGUCUUGGAUGUUGUAGGAUGUCGAUGCAUGAAGCAACAUAGGAACUACCACAGUGGCAUCCAUCUGCUCGGACACAAACCUGCAUACUGUAUUUUUUGGCACAAAUCGACUAGCCACUAGGGAAAAAAAAAAAAAAAACAUACUGCAGCAUGUGUAAUGGAGGUGCAAUGCAAUAUAUACAGUAUAUAUAUUUUAUGUAUGUGUGUAAGUAUGUAUGUUAAAAGUAUAUUAAAUCUAUUUCAUACAAAACAAAA